GGCCACAACACGGUAUUUCUUGUCACCAACAAGGGCUGAUUGUCUUCUUGACUUUGAGCGUGUAAGGUAUCAUACCCCAAGCUUUCUGCCAUUCCAAAGCCAUUCUUUGCUUCGAGAGCGCUGUUUUGGUUGAGCCAUGCCUUCUUUCGCACUGGGCGAGUCGAUUCCGCCAGAUACUGCUCAUGCAGUGAGCGUCUCAUUGCCAACAUGGCAGUCAAACGUGGGCUACGAGGAGGGUGAGGACUGGGUUGUCGGCCGUAUGACGACGGGCUAUCCUCGGUACCCUUCAUUCAUCACCUACCCGCCAGCCUCGACUGCUAACAUUCGUCAGCUUUUUCAUCCACAAGAGCAUACAGGCCCUUGCCGAUGAUAUUUCUGCUACCUAUGGCCAGCCUGACCAGUGCGCGAUGUUGUUCCCCACGGCCCGAACCGCCACUCGCUGCCUCGGCUUCAUCAAGGAGCGCGUCAAAGCUGACUUGGUCCCUGCUCUUGACGUGGUCCACCUCGCCCUCGAUGCCUCCAAGGAUGUCUCCCCUUUGCUAAAGAGACUCUACCCUACCAUCUCCGCAGUUCUGUGUCCCAAGGAAGCCUUCCCUUUUGCCAAACAAUACUGGCAGCACACCGGCGACGGUGCUUCAAGCCGCAGAGCCGAAUUCUGCCAUGGUCUUUUCAGGAAUCAUCUGCUCCUCGCCACAGCAAACAACAAGACCGUACAGGAGUCUCACACCCGCCCGUUCCGUGGUCCGCGACGCUACCAGCGGAGGGCAUCCAUUGAUGCCGUUGGCAGUCCAACACCGGGCAAGCCGCUGACGCCGGAUAACGCCCACGAGCCGCAAGAGAGCACCCAGUUCCUGGAGGAGCGAUUCGGGAGAAACCUUGAUUUAGGUCUCGUUGAACGCGCCAAAUCGGCUAUCCGGCGCCGCAUCGCAGGUUCGCUCUGUCACGAGAUCGAUCUGCACAGCGGCUCUCUUCCGGCCCCUUCGCCGAACACGCGAGGUCUACAGAGCCUCGCCGAGCAUGACGUUUACCUUUUCCCUGCCGGCAUGAACGCCAUUUUCAACGCCCAUCAGGCCUUGCUGUCUGCCAGGGGCCAGCUCAAGAGCAUCAAUUUCGGGUUUCCGUACGUCGAUACACUGAAAAUUCUUCAAAAGUUUGGCCCCGGAUGUGUCUUCUAUGGCAACGCGUCAUCAAAGGACCUUGACGAGCUCGAAAUCCUCCUCCGUUCCGGCCAUCGCUUUCUUGGGCUCUUCUGCGAGUUUCCGGGCAAUCCGCUGCUUACUUGCCCUGACUUGGAUCGCAUCCGGAGACUGGCCGAUGAGUACGACUUUGCCGUUGUUGUCGAUGAGACGAUCGGAACAUUUGCCAACAUCGACGUUCUUUCGGUUUCCGACAUUGUGGUCAGCAGCCUGACCAAAAUUUUCUCCGGCGAUUCGAAUGUCAUGGGCGGAAGUGCCAUCCUGAAUCCUGAGAGCAAGUACUACCUCGCCCUGAAGCAAGCCUUGGACUGUGACGUCUUCGAGGACACUUAUUGGCCCGAGGAUGUCAUAUUCAUGGAGAGAAAUAGUCGCGACUUUGCGAGGCGAGUUGACCGGAUCAACGUCAAUGCAGAGGCUAUUUGCAAAACCCUACGCAGUAGCCCGUUGGUCAAAAGCCUAUAUUAUCCCAAAUGGAACCCUUCAAGGGAAAACUACGACGCCAGGCGCCUGCCUAACGGUGGCUACGGUGGUUUAGUAUCCGUUGUAUUCACAGACAAGGAGAAGGCGAAGAUCUUUUACGAUGCGAUGGAGAUCGCAAAGGGCCCAAGUCUAGGGACCAACUUCACACUCUGCUCGCCGUACGUCCUGCUCGCGCACUAUCAGGAGUUGCCAUGGGCUGCACAGUACGGAGUGGAUCCAAGCCUCAUUCGUGUAAGUGUCGGGCUGGAGGAAACUGAUCAUCUACAAGCCACCUUCAAAAGGGCUCUUCUCGCGGCCGAGGCGGCAUAGGGGGCGUUGGCUAUCAGUGAUAUAAUCCGCACGUCUGCAGCAUGGUCAAUUUUUGCAACGCGCGCGAUGCUUGAGGCCAUUGCUUCAGGAAGCGUUCUCAAAUCAAGUCGCGGCGAGAUCGAACGACCUGAUCCGUCGACCCUCUUCAGUCCCUAGCAGACACGUAGGCCGUUGCGAAUCGCUAUUGUGACUCAUAGGCUACGUGAUAGCGGUACUGGUUUGUCCUUUGAUACAGCGCCACAUGAAUAUGGCAUCAAUUGAUCGUGGAUUGGAUUUUCCUUGUCAGGUGACGCCCUGGCUAGUCGACACUCACAUAAUCAUGCACUCCUGGUGCGUGUAUCCUGGCCCGUAAUCCUCGAUGCCCCGCUCAAUCUCGUUGGCACGUUGCUUCUCUUUGACUUCCUUCGAAAAAUACUUCUUCAUGUAUUUCUCUAGCUUAUGGUCGAGGUUAUCUGCGCAG